AUGUUCCCUCUUCCCUCUUCUGUUCCCUCAUCAAAUGAAAACGCUACGACUGGGGGUGCGGUGCCACAAGUUGCAGAACAACCCGCACACCUGGAUGCCGCCGAGAAUACCCCAGUGGUUGCUGAUUCAAAUGAUGAUGGAACAUUCACCCAGGAACUAGAAAUAGAGCAAAUGAGGAGUACAUUGGAAGAAGUGAUUAUGGAAACGCGCAGUACGCCUCUCGAAAAUCGACCGCGACUUCCCCGCAUAGCCCUAAGCAAGCGGAAUCGGGCUGUCGUGAGGGCUCUGAACCCAAUGCUGGUGACCUAUUUGGAAGCCAGCCGGGACCUUUGCGAGACGGACUCAAUUCUCUUUGGCGCCGCACUGGCAGGUUGCCGUAUUAUAGGCGCCAAACUUUCCACGGCUGGACGCACUACUGGACAAAGUAGUGGUAUCCCAGCCUGGAGAACAAGAAUUGAAGAACGUAUCGCAAAGGCUAGGGCCCUCAUCGGCAGACUGAUAUGCUUCAGGUCAGGCAAUACCAGACCAAGGAUAGUGCGCACCGUCAGGAUAGCGUUUGCUGGGACAAAUGUUAGUUUGUCCCAGCCGGAUAUAAUGCAAAAACUGACGGAGCGUAUAGACGACCUGAAGCAGAGAAUCGCUGCUUGGGGAAAGCGAAUUCGGCGAUAUACCGAGAGGUCGACACGGUUCAACCAGAAUCGUCUCUUCCAGAGUGAUCAGAAGAGGCUCUAUAAAUCAUUGGAGCGACCAAUGGUAAGUGGAACGGGCCCAGUACCGAAUCAGGCCGACGCGGUCGCAUUCUGGCGCAGCCUGUGGUCAGAGCCCGUAAACCACAACGAGGGCCCUUGGACGGAAGUUGUGGCGAGUCAGUGUGCGGGUAUUACGCCCAUGGACCCCGUCACCAUAACGCCGGAUGACGUAGCUGAGGCGGUCCGUAGGGCCCCGAACUGGAAAAGUCCGGGACUCGACGGGCUGCAUCACUACUGGCUGAAGGGGUUCGUGGAACGACAUCCAGAAGAAUCUCACAUGCGUUCCUGCGAGAAUCGUAGUCACGUUUUGACAGUUCCUGUACAGUCGCCAUCUUGUAUGGAUGGAAAUGUAAGUCUUCAUGGAGAAUUCUCCGCACAGAACGACUGGAAAGUCCAAGGGCAGAUGCAUGUUUGCGCGCAGAACGCCGUGGUGAUCGCAACAUUGAAGCUCUGA